GUCCACCACAUUCAAAAUCAUCAAAAUACCAUAUCCCUUGCAUCAAGUUCUCUUCCAUGGCCUCUACAAUCUUUUCCAUCAAAUUCUUCUCAUUAUUUAUUUCUUCGAUUGCCAUCAUCGGAAUGGCGACAGCCGGAGAUCCAAAUAUCAUCUCCGAUUUUGUACUCCCCCAAAAUGCCACUUUAAUUGAUGGAAAUUUCUUCACAUUUACUGGCAUGCGCUCCCUUUUCUUGUCUAGCCCUCCCACAACCUUUAAGGUAUUGAAAGCAAGCAUGGCUGAAUUUCCAGCUCUCAACGGGCAGAGUGUUUCCUAUGCUGUAUUGGAAUUUGCUAAUGGCACCAUUAAUCCACCCCACAUCCAUCCUCGCUCUGCCGAGCUCCUUUUCCUACUUGGGGGUACCCUUCAGGUAGGAUUUGUUGAUACAACCAAUAAGCUAUUUACUCAAACAUUGGAAGCGGGUGAUUUGUUUGUGUUUCCCAAAGGACUUGUGCACUUCCAGUACAAUGCUGACCCUCAAGGUUUUGCUUUAGCACUUUCAGCUUUUGGUAGCGCAAAUGCUGGAACUGUUUCAAUUCCUAACACUUUGUUCACCACUGGCAUUGACGAUAAUGUGUUGGCUAAAUCCUUCAAGACUGACGUUGCCACCAUUCAAGCUCUUAAGGCUGCUCUUGGUGCUCCCAAGCCCUGAAGAUAGCAUUCCUUUCUAUUAGUGCAAUCUAUGCUUUCAUUCCUUUGUGCUGCUCUCCUUUUUGGGGUUUAUUUUUUAGUGUUAAAUAAUAAUCCUUCUUGUUAAGAAGAGUAUUUACCAUUAUCAACACAUUGAUUGUUGUCUCUUCUCCAUCAACAAAGAUACAUAAAAC